AUGGCCCUGUUUCCUCCCCGCCCCUCAUGGCCCUGUUUCCUCCCCGCCCCUCAUGGCCCUGUUUCCUCCCCGCCCCUCAUGGCCCUGUUUCCUCCCCGCCCUUCAUGGCCCUGUUUCCUCCCCGCCCCUCAUGGCCCUGUUUCCUCCCCGCCCCUCAUGGCCCUGUUUCCUCCCCGCCCCUCAUGGCCCUGUUUCCUCCCCGCCCCUCAUGGCCCUCUAUCUCUAAAGGAUUGCUUCGUGUUACUCAUACCCCGUCCCCUCCCCACACUCACGGUGCCUCUCCCCACACUCACCGUGCCCCUCCCCACUCUCACCGUGCCCCUCCCCACUCUUACCAUGUCCCUCCCGACUCUUACCGUCUCCCUCCCCACUGGAAGACUCGCUCUCUUUCAGAGGCGCCUAAAAGAUCAGUCCUUGCUACUCAUACAGUGUGCCCCUCCCCACUGUCACCGCGCGCAGGUGGAGGUGGCAGCAAUGACGGCCAUGCAGCACCCCAAGAUCCUGCAGCUGCUGGGCUACGUGGGGGACUCGCCCUCGCCCGUGCUCGUCUACGAGUUCAUCCCCCGCGGCGACUGCACCGACAUGCUCAAACAAUUGGCUAUGAGGUGUGCACAUGGGGCUGGGUGGCUAUGCGGUGUGCACAUGGGGCUGAGUGGCUAUGAGAGGGUUGUGAGCGGGAGGCGUGGAUUACAAAGGGAGGAGAAGCAGAGGUAUGGAGAGGGAAGAGUGGGAGGAGUGGGGGAGAGGAGAGGUAGACGGAGCCCUGCUGCCCACCCCACCUCCUCGCACUACUUCUCAGAACCUUCCUGCGCACCCAUCCUCACUUGCACAACCGUUUCCUCUCCACUUCGCCUGCUGCUUACAUCCCCUCUUUCCCGGAACCUUCUUAUGGCAGCGGCGAAGGGAGAGGUGCACUUCCCGUGGAGGGCGCGGCUGGUGGUGGCGCUGGGGUGUGCGGAGGCGCUGGCCGCCAUCCAUGACGCCAACUUCGUGCACCGCGACUUCAAGGCCUCCAACGUGCUGCUCCGCGAGGACCUGACACCAGUGCUGGCAGAUUUCGGGUUGGCAAAGUCGGUGACGGACUGGGCAACGCACGUGAGCACACGGGUGAUGGGCAGCAUGGGGUACAUGGACCCCAUCUACUUCCAGACAGGUCAACUGAGCCGCAAGUCCGACACGUAUGCCUUCGGGGUCUUCCUCCUGGAGCUCGUAUCCGGCUGCCUCGCCCUCGACGAUCGCUUCCAGGAGCUGCGAAAGCUGGUGGUGGCGAAGACCUUUCCGGACCCGGAGCUGGUGGUGGACCCGCGGAUAAAGGGCGAGUGGACCAAGAAGCAAGUCUUCAUUGUCUUCACGCUCAUUCGCUUCGCCAUCUUCUUCGAUUGGGAUAACCGCCCGAGCAUGUCGGUGAUGCGGGAUAAGCUGAUGACCGUUGUUGAAUAG